AUGUCCUCGUUGCUCAUGAGCGGCACGACAACGACGACAACGAAUACGACGACGAGUACUAUUCCUUCACUCACGUCCCAAUCCAAUUCAAGAUCAUCAAGUAAUGCUGCUGUUACUUUUCAGUCCCAACCACCACCACCACUACCUUCCGAUAUAGAUAAGAAGGAUUUACCUCCAACGAUUGAAAAAUAUUUAUUGAUGAGUCGUGCCGAGGUCCUUCAAAAAGUGGGCGAUAGAAUUCCGACAACGUUUUGUGAGGAGAAUGGCUUGCAGAAAGAAACUUUUUUAGGAAUGUUGGAAGGAAAAGAGAGGUAUAUUACUGGAAGAUUUGCUUUAUUGAAACAUUUGAUCCGAUUGGAAGAAAAUUAUGAGAUUGUUUCAAAAGAUUAUUUUACAUUUUUAUAUCAAUAUGAUAUUGCAUGGGAUUGGGAGAGGAUCAAGGCAAAAAUUGUGGAAAAGACAUUUCACGCUUUUCAAAAAUUAUAUCAUGACAUGAAAUUUGUAAUUUUUAUGGAUGGUGAUAAUUUGUCAACAGAUUUUUCACUUGAAGGACUUUCUACUUUUUCAAAAAGUAUCAUUCAAGUAGUGGCCGUGUUUGCCAAUGGAGUGGUCAAUGAAGGACUUAUGGGAUUUGAGAAACAACCAUGGUUUUCGAUCAUGCACUCGACUACAAAGAAAAAAGAUGCUGCCGACACUUGUCUGACUUUACUCAUUGGAUCUCUUCAUACUCAUUUGGCACUUAAAUUGCCUGACAAGGAAGUUGUUUUUAUUGUUGUUACGAAGGACCAUUUUGCAGAUGAGUUAUCGGAACAAUUAAGAAUUGCAAACAGAGACUGCAUAAGAGUAUCAACACCGAAUGACUUGAGGACAUUUUUGUCACAGCCCUACGUUCCUCUUUCUCGUAGAAGUAAAUCUACCGCAUCCAGUACCUCUUCAUCGUCUUCGAUCCAUACCACUCCAGCACAAAUUGAAAUAACCACCUUGAAAGUUAUCCCCAAUCCAAGUUAUGAACUAUUGACAAGCUUUUUCAAUUUAUAUUGGAUUGGAAAUGGAAAAUCUCAAAGCUUGUUUUGCAAAAAUAAUAAUUUGGAUUCGUCUAAUUUUUCCAAACAUUUGAGACGAAAAAAAUUUAAUACUGCAUGCCACAAGAAAAUUGAAGAGCUCUACAAUACAAUUUUAGAAACAAGUAAUAAUGAAAAAUCUGUAUAUUUAUUGAAAAUAGGAGACAAGGUGGAUGUUUAUGAAAUAUUUCAUUCCACCUCUAACAGCAAAGAAAUUACAAGUGUCACUCUUUCGUGGAAGAAUGAACAAUUCUCCUAUUGCACACCACACAUGUUUGAACCGUCUUUAAAUGAUGACUAUCCGGUUUGCUAUGAAACCUAUGGUAAGAAAAUUCAGUUCAUUGGAACCAAGUCGAGUAAUAACUGCUUUUGGAAAACCAAGGAAAAGUGCUUUCUACAAUUGAAUGUUACUGCCGUAGCUGAGCAUGCGGUCACUGUGCCUCUCUUUUUACAAUUGAGUGGCGUUACGGAACCCAAACAAAAUUAUUAUGUCGAUGUGGUACUGAAACACAAUGGACAGAAUGUAGAAAUUGAGUUGGAGGGUCCAACCAUCGAAGUGAAUUCUGUGUGUAAGGAUCGUUUCACCUAUUCUCUACCACCCAAUGAUGUCAAGAUUAUUUCAACACAUUUACAAUUAGAUCCUUUUAACUUUGUGAAUGUGUCAGCCUUGGAACAAGCUGCCAGUUCUAAAACGCUCUGUACAUCACCCAUCAAAAUUGAUCCUAAUGAUGUCAUUCUUGGAAAACCACACCCUGUGCGUAUUGUGAAAGAAAAAGAGCAUAAUGAGGAUGAUGACACGAUAUAA